ACUCCCAAACAAACCUCGGGGAAAUUAAAACCCACCUCAAUUUGCGCUUCUCUUCUUCCCCAUCCACCUCCAUCACACACGGUAUGCUAUGGUUCUUUACCUCCAUUUUUUAUUUUUUGCUCUCUCUUUCUGAUGGCUUUCCCUCAUAGAAAAUUGUUAUUUAAACCAUCCAUUAAACUUACUGUUGACGCCAAGUCUCUUACCUUCUGUUGCUGUGAACAUGGAAAUGAAAAUAAGUGUUCCUUUUCCUAUUUCAAGAGCUGCCCAUCUUGUGUUAAGUGCUGUCCUCCUCCUCCUCCUCCUCCUCCUCCUCCUCCACUGCCACGGCGGCUUCCACCGGUUGUGCCUCUGUCACGUGACCCCAAUUCAGGCCUGAGAGAAUUAGCCAUAGCGGCUCUCACUAUCUUGGCUUGUGUUAUAAUUGCUGCACUUCUAUUUUGUAUUCUAUGUGCAAUUGGAAGAGCUUUUUACCUGAGGAGGAGCAGAUCGAGAGGAAGAAGAGACCCCCCAAUAAUUUUUGGUACCCAAGAAGAUUUUUUUGAUGAAGAUCGUGGACCUCAACUGGAUCAUCAUAUAUGGUAUAUCACCACCGUUGGUUUGCCUCAAUCAGUUAUUGAUUCUAUUGCAGUUUUUAAGUAUAAAAGUUAUGAUGGGUUAAUUGAUGGAACAGAGUGCUCUGUUUGUUUGACUGAGUUUCAAGAAGAUGAGAGUCUUAGGUUGUUACCAAAGUGUAGUCAUGCGUUUCACAUGCCUUGUAUUGACACUUGGUUAAGGUCACACAAGAAUUGCCCUUUGUGCCGUGCUCCUAUAAUCUCUGGUGUUGUUGCUCAAGGUAACGAAUUGGGGUCGAGUUCGCGUGGUUUAGAUUUGAGACACGAAAAUGUGGGGGAGAAUUUGGGGAAUUAUGGUGGAGAGGGAAGCAGUAGUGAUGCGGGAGAAGGAGAGAGUAGUGAUGGGAGAAUUGGAUGUGAUAAUAGUCGUGCAAUAUCAAGUGAUGAAGAUGCAUCUGAAAAUUCCAACAAGGGUUUGCCUCUGAAAAUUAGAAAUGGUGAAUUUGAUUCUCGGGUACUAAGCGAUUUGACUGACAAUCGCCGUGUGGUUGAAGGCGAUUUACAACCAAUGAGAAGGUCAGUUUCACUGGAUUCAUCUUCCGCCGUGAUGAUUUACAAUGAUGUGGCUGGUGGUGUUGUUCAUGAUAAGCAAAAUUCAACUCUAAACAGUCGAAUGAACUCCAAGAACUUGAAAUCAAAGAGUGUAUCCAAACGGAGUAGUGGAAGUUCAGGCAUAACCAAAUUGAUGAAGAGUGCUUCAAUUGGUAUUGGUACAUCAUUGCAAAAGGGGCCGAUUUCAAUGAAAAGGUCAUGGUCAUCUGGUGGAAAAUCUUCAUCAUCAAGGCAUACAAGACGCCACUCAAUCCUUUCUCUAUGAAGGUAAUGUUUGAUCCUUUUCGACUUCAGAAUUUCAUGCCUGAUUCUGCAAAAUCAGAAAUGCUGUGCAAUCUUAAGGAGCUUUAUAUUUUCACCAAAUAAAAAAUAAACCAUGAGCUGAGGUAAAUUGUAUAAAUAUUAUAGGCAAAAAGGAUCAUUAUACUUUCCUGCAUAAAUGGUUCUUUUGCAACUUUCAAUUUCUUGCAGAAUGUAAACAUACAACUUCGAACUAUGUAUUUGAAAAUUUUGUCCCUUAUUGAGUCUGCUAUUUGUGUUUUUACAA